CCGCUCACGUGUCAGGCGGUGGCGGGGAGGGGGGCGUGCGGGGUGGCCUGGCGCAUCAUAUGCCCGGCGGGAAGCUGGAAGCGGCCGGCGCGGCAUGGGCGAGUCGAUCCCGCUGGGCGCCCCGGUGCCGCUGGAGCAGGCCGUGCUGGAGACGUUCUUCUCCCACCUGGGCAUCUUCUCGUACGACAAGGCCAAGGACAAUGUGGAGAAGGAGCGGGAGGCCAACAAGAGCGCGGGAGCCAGCUGGCUCUCCCUGCUGGCCGGGCUGGCGCACCUGGCCGCCGCCGAGAAGGCCUAUCACAGCAUGACCUUCCUGGGCCAGAAGCUAGGUGGUCAGUCAUUCUUCAGCCGAAAGGACUCCAUCCGAACCAUCUACACAUCUCUGCACAAUGAGCUGAAGAAGGUGGUGGCGACGGGUCGCAAUGCACUAGGAGGAACAGCUCCUCACUUGGAAGAGCUGCUUUCUCACCUGUCUGAACAGCUCUGUUUUUUUGUUCAGGCUCGGAUGGAAAUUGCUGACUUCUAUGAAAAAAUGUUCACCCUCAGCACCCAAAAGUUCAUUAACUCUGAGGAACUCGUAAACAUUUUGGAAUCCAUCCUAAAGAAAUACAGCUCAAGAUUUCACCAUCCAAUCCUCAGUCCUCUUGAAAGCAGCUUCCAGCUGGAAGUGGAUGUGCUUGCACAUCUUUUAAAGGCUCAGGCUCAGAUCUCAGAGUGGAAGUUUCUCCCAUCCCUAGUCAACUUGCACAGUGCUCAUACAAAGCUGCAGACGUGGGGGCAAAUUUUUGAGAAACAGCGAGAGACCAAGAAACAUCUGUUUGGAGGGCAGUCUCAGAAGGCCGUACAACCACCACACCUUUUCCUCUGGUUGCUGAAACUCAAAAACAUUCUCCUUGCCAAGUUUAGCUUUUACUUUCAUGAGGCCCUCAGUCGACAAACAACUGCAUCCGAAAUGAAAACGUUGACUGCUAAAACUAACCCUGAUUAUUUUGGGAAAAUUUCCAGCUUCAUCAGGAAAUAUGACGCGGUUAAUGUUUCUCUUAUCUUUGACAACCGUGGGUCAGAGAGCUUCCAGGGACAUGGCUACCAUCAUCCUCACUCUUACAGGGAAGCCCCAAAGGGGGUGGAUCAAUACCCAGCUGUGGUCUCUCUGCCCAGUGACAGGCCUGUAAUGCACUGGCCCAAUGUAAUCAUGAUUAUGACUGACAGAACCGCUGACCUCAACAGUUUGGACAAGGUUGUUCACUUCUAUGAUGACAAAGUCCAAAGCACAUACUUUCUGACACGCCCUGAACCUCAUUUUACCAUUGUAGUUAUUUUUGAGGCUAAGAAAUCAGAGAGGGACUCACAUUUCAUCUCUUUUCUCAAUGAAAUCUCACAUUCCCUCAAGAACUCCAAAGCUUUUGCAGGCCUAAAGCCGGGAUCCAAAGGAUAAAAUAAAUAUUGAGUUGCAGAUUGCAAGGCCAUACAUUAGACUGGAAAAAAUAAAUAUUCUUGCUUUCAAGGAAUACAUUGAUUCACAAUUCUCAGAGUUUGUUUAAAAAGGAACCGUUAUUUUAAUAUUUGUUGUGAAUGCUUUUUUAGCUAAUGAAAACACUUGAAUAAAAAUAUAGAAAGAA